UCACAUUUCACCCAGAAGAGUUCGCAUAAAGACCAGAUGAGGAGAGCUGGUCUACGCAGUUUUAGCGGAACUUGGCGCUAGUUGUCGACAUCCCACCUCUGGAAUGCUGUGUGCGCUCUGCGGGAAGGGAAGGAAUAAAACCUGGAAGGAAUAACCCGGACUCGCCGAACCGCCAGGCUCCACUCAUGUCGUCUUCCCUCCUUUCCUCUUCGUCAUCGUCGUCGUCAUCAUCUCUCUGGCUGAUGCUGUAUUUGCCGCUGAGUGUCGUCCUGCUGCUGUCGUCAGGGGUCCAUGGCCAAGGUCGUCUGAAGCUCACGGUCCUGUCUGAAGACAGACUGCAGAUGAAAUGGAAGGAGGCUGAUGGGCCGGUUCAGGGCUACAAGGUCCGAGUGAGAUCAAACUCAGACGUGCCGCAGCCAGAGCUGAUGUUGACGACCACGCGGGGACGGGCCACUGUGGCGGGACUGGACUCCAGUCAGGAAUAUACCCUCCAGGUCCUUGUGCUCAAUGGGACGACAGAGAAACUUCUGGCAAAGAGGAGAUUCACCAUGGAGGCUCUGAGGGAGGAGGAGAUGAUCCGCAGCGGCAGUCGAGAGCAGAGGAAGAAGCUGUUGCCGGGCGGCUCGGGGUCAGGAGACCUGGACGAUGCAGCGGAGACCCUGCUGGGCGCGCCCACGGUUCUGUAUCCAGAGUCGACAACCACCACGGCCGCAGCUGCCACUCCCACAGAGCCCCCAGCUACAGAAAUUCCCCCCCAGCCUCCUGGCGAAGCUCCAGAGAAAACCACCAAAGAGAAGAGGAAGAGAAAGAAAGAAAAAGAGCGCGAUCGCUCUAAGGUGGAGGAUAAAGAGGAGCAGGGAACGACGCAGGGUAAACCGGCCGAGGAGAAACCCCGGAAGACACCCUUCACUACGCAGCCGGUUACGGGUGCGUCUCCAAGGAAACCAUUCCAGUGCGAGAGCAACGCAGCGGCCGAUAUCAUGCUGCUGGUGGACGGCUCCUGGAGCAUUGGACGCACCAACUUUAGACGGGUCAGAGAUUUCUUGGAGGGGCUGGUGAUGCCCUUCCACAUUGGGCCAAACCACAUUCAAAUCGGUCUGACUCAGUACAGUGGAGACCCCCGCACAGAGUGGCACCUCAACAACUUCACGACCAAAGAGCAGCUGUUGGAGGCAGUGAGGAAUUUCAGAUACAAGGGAGGGAACACGUUUACAGGUCAAGCACUGCUCCACGUCAUGGAGGAGAACAUGAGGGCCGAGGCAGGAGCCAGGUCUGAGGCGCCGUUUUUCUUGGUCUUGUUGACCGACGGGAAAUCUCAGGACGACGCCAUCGCUGCGGCAAACCGUCUGAAGAGCGCGGGCGUGGAAAUCAUCGCUGUGGGCGUGAAGAAUGCAGAUGAAGCUGAGCUGAGGCAGGUGGCGUCUGAACCGGUGGAUCUGAACGUCUACAACGUCAACGACUUCCCGCUGCUCAGCAAACUGGUGGCGCGCCUGGUGCACAUCCUGUGUGGGAGGAUAGAGGACCGCGGCGUCACCAAGCGUUUUGAGGCCGGGCCCACAGCCGACCCUGCCCUCUCAUACCCGAGUCCCACCGACCUCCGGUUUUCUGAUCUCGGGUCCAGAGACGUGAAGCUUCACUGGAUCAAUCCCACCAAGCCGGUCCAGCAGUACAGAGUGGUUUACCACAGCGCUGAGGGUCAGAGCCCACAGGAGGUGGUGCUGCCUGGCUCUGAGUCCACGGUGCUGCUGGAAGGCCUCUCCUCUCAGACGUUGUACCACGUGUCCAUCUUCCCCGUGUACGAAGACAACGUCGGCCUGGCGCUAAGAGGGACGGUCACCACUCUGUCCCUGGCGAUGCCUGACGACUUAAAGGUGACUCCUUCCUCGUUCAGCUCCCUGCGGGUGAGUUGGGGCGCAGCACCCGGUGCGACGCAGUACAUGAUCCUGUACUCGGCGCUGAGCCACGGAGAACCUGACGACGCCAAGGAGGAGAAGUUCGGUGCAGAUCAGACGGUGGUGGAGCUGGCGGGGUUACUACCGGCGACGGACUACUCCAUCACGCUGUACGCCCUCUAUGACGAGGAGCCCAGUGACCCCGUUACUGCGGUCGCCACCACAUUCCCUCUCCCACCGCCACUGAGUAUUCAGUUCCCGAUGGUCACCCACAGCAUGCUGAGGGUGAGCUGGGCGCCCGGCGCCGUGGACGUUCCCGGCCACAGGAUCAUCUACAGCACCAACCACGGCAGUGACGUCAAGAAGGUGGAGGUAACCGGCCUGAACUCAGUGCUGGUGCAGAACCUGUCCUCUCUGUCCAGGUACCUGGUGUCUGUCCAGUCUCUCUACCCACAAGGCCUGUCUGCAGCACUCACCAGUAACGUCACCACACUGAAGGUUCCCUCCCCGUCAAACCUCAGGGUGACUAACUUCUCGGGCAGCGACAUAACGGUGCGCUGGGAGGCUGCAGCUGACGACGUUGUGUCUUAUCUCAUCAAGUGGAUCUCCCUGAGUGGAGGAGACCUGAGACAGCUGAGGGUGAGCGGGGACAGCGAGGGGGCGAUCCUGGAGGGCGUGGAGGACGAUAAGGAGUACCAGGUGUCUCUGUCUGCUCUGUACGGAGACGGAGCUCAGAGCGAAGCCGUGGCCAUACGCUACAGCACCCUGUCCGGAGGAGGUCCAUCCGGCGUGACUGUUUCCGAGGAGACUGCGGUCAGCUUGCUGGUCAGCUGGGUUCCCCCCAACGCUCACGUCCUCCAGUAUCGUGUUUCCUACACGCCGCUGACCGGAGCUGAGACCCAGGACAGCACGGUGGUGGUCGCGGGCGGCGAUAAGCGGGUGGUGCUGGAGUCCCUGCAGCCAGACACGCGUUACAGCAUCUUAGUCACCGCCGAGUAUCGCAACAGGGAGGGAGGCAGCGCGUCGGCUCAGGGCAAAACCACCAGUCUGAGAGUCAGCAGCGUGAGCGUGGUCCGGUCAGACCACUCCAGCAUCUGUGUGUCCUGGAGGCCCGUGUCCGCCGUGGACGGAUAUCGCAUCGUCAUCCAGUCUGUGAAAGACAAGCAAACGAAACAAGAAACCGUGGACGAGUCCAGCAGCAGCCACUGCUUCACGGACCUGGAGCCGGAGACGUUGUAUCGCAUCGGCGUGCACUCCCUCCUCGGCUCGGCGGAGGGCGCCGCCGUCUCCAUUCUCCACCCGACAGCCACAGCUCCAGUCAGGAUACCCAUCCAUCCCCGGAUGUACCCGAUCCACAACGAAGUCUGUCCUGAAGUCAACAUCAGAAACAACAUCGUUAAAGGCUUCGACAUGAUGGAAGCGUUCGGUCUCACUCAGAGAGCUCACUCGUCCGUGGAGGGGGUGGCAGCCGAGCCCUUCGUCUUCAACACCCUCCCCACCUACACCCUGUACAGAGACGUCCAGCUGACUCAGAGCACCAGGUUCAUCCACCCUGCAGGCUUCUCCCCGGAGCACACCAUCAGCAUCGCUUUCCGCAUGUUGCAGGACACGCCCAGGGAGCCCUUCGCUCUCUGGCAGCUCACGGACAAUGACUUCCAGCCGAAGAUGGGAGUGGUGAUCGACCCUGUUUCCAAGCAUCUGCUGUACUUCAGCCUGGACUACAGGGGAGAGGUGCAGGAACUGACCUUCGACCAGCCUCAGGUCCACAAGCUGUUCUAUGGCAGCUUCCACAAGGUUCACCUGUCCAUCAGCCAGGUGAGUGUUUCUCUGUCCGUGGACUGUCAGCGUGUGGGUGAGAGACCGGCCCGUCCUCUAGGAAACCUGCCCACCGACGGAUUCGAGAUGCUGGGGAAGCUGGUGAAGACGCGAGGACCCAAUAGUGGAUCUGCCCCGUUCCAGCUGCAGUCCUUUGAGAUUGUCUGUAACAUCACGUGGGCGUCAGAGGACACCUGCUGUGACCUGCCUGGAGUGAGAGACGAAGAGAGCUGUCCUGCCCCUGUGUACUCCUGUACCUGUUCCUCUGACGUCCCUGGAGCUCCUGGUUCUCCAGGACCGACGGGGAAGCCAGGUCCACGUGGUGAGAAAGGUGACAAGGGAGAUCAAGGCCAAAAGGGCGAGGCUGGUCCUCCAGGGAAACCCGGGUUUGAGGGAGGACUUGGACCCGUGGGUGGAGCCGGGCCCCGAGGCAUCGCUGUGCAGGGCAAAAUGGGUCCACCUGGAGCCACGGGAGAAAAGGGAGAUCCUGGGCGACCUGGAGUUCAGGGUUUACCAGGGCCUCCGGGUCCAAAAGGAGAAGAAGGGAUCCCAGGCCCCAAGGGCAUUAGAGGUGUCGAAGGUAACAUGGGACCACCGGGCCUCACUGGACCGAGGGGUUUCCAGGGAAUGCCAGGAUAUCCAGGUCCUGCAGGAGAUCGUGGUCCCUCGGGACCUGUUGGACCUACGGGGCUGUCUGGAAAUAAAGGGGAGCGAGGAGAAAAGGGCGAACCUCAGUCUAUGGCCAUGAUCUAUCAGCUGGUCACACAGGCCUGUGAGCAACUAAUACACAAAGAGGUGAUGAAGCUCGACAGUUUCAUGAACGAGGUGAAUCGUAAGCCAGCUCCUAUUGAGGAGCCGGUGGGGCCUCCGGGGGAACCUGGCAUACCAGGGCCCAGGGGCCCACCGGGCACCAGAGGCUCCCAGGGGAACAUUGGUUCAAGAGGGAGACCUGGCAGGCCUGGAUAUCCAGGAGAACAGGGAAGGAGGGGUGUGCAGGGCGCGAAAGGUGAUUCAGGAGCCAAUGUCCAUGGACCCUCUGGGAUUAAAGGAUUCCCAGGUCCUGCAGGUGAGUCUGUGCUGGGACCCCCAGGUCCCACUGGAGAUGGCGGUACAUUAGGACCAUCGGGUGUCCCCGGACCUCCGGGUCAGCCAGGAGAGAUCGGACCACCGGGCGUGUGUGACAGUAGUGGAGGCUGCCACCAGGUUCCCCAGCAAACAGAAGACUAUGGCUAUGAGCCCUGAGUGGAGAUUAACAAGCAGCCGCGGUGGAAAUGACUACUGUUGGAGCUGAACAACAGACGGAACAAUAAGAGCUCCAACCAAGAGGAUUCGCUUGUUGAACUCGCCACUCAGGGGUGUGGGAAAGGAAACAACGCAGGAAGGAUUUCCCUCCUCUAUGUCCGGAGAAACAAAUUUUGGAGCUUCCUAACACAUAAUAGCGUCAUAAAGGAGAAUCUUUUCCCUCACAGCGGGAUCAAAGUAAAGUUCUGUCUUAUGCGCCGCAUUCGCACUGAAACCUUUCGUUGCUAUGUCUAUGUAUCCAUGCACUGUAUCGUUGCCAAAUAGUUUAUCCACCUGUGUUUACCAUUCUCUGUCUUUCAAUUGCCAUUUUAACCUUAACUGCCUCAAGGACAAUGAAAAAAAGAUGCAUAAUCCAUGGUCUACAAGCUUCUUUUUUUGUUCCAUGGUACAAAUGAUACUGUGAUAUUGCCUGAUGUCAUCAUAUGUAUGAUACUCUGUAUAUUUUUUUAUUGUAUCUACUCUAUUUGAUUAUUCAUGUACAUAAACUGUAUGAGUUCUACAUGAUAAUACGUGUUUACAUUUUCUAAUUUUCUAGGGUUUGGGUGCUCAGUAUUAGCUUGAGUAUGUGAGAAAGAGUGAAUGUUUUUCUUUGGAUCCCUAUUUUUUUGUUUAUUUUAAAAAAUCUUUUUAAUAAAACAAAUUCUAUAAA